CCACCGGCGAGUCUAAGAGUCUCCGGCGACAUAAAACUCCCCACCUUCUCGCAGAUAUCUUAGGAUGUUGGUGACAAGCAGUGAUGGAGGAGGUACAGAGAAGGGUAAUAUAGUAAAUGGGUCUGUGAAAGUUGAUACAGUGAACGAUGCUAAUGAAAGGUCCAGAGGUAACAAGACGUUACAAGUAUACAAGCGGAGAAAUCUUGGGAGACCGGUUUCUAAAGAAGAUGAGAGGGUUUCUGUGGAAGAAGGUGUUAGCAACUCAGUAAAAAACCGGGAGUCUGUUGCUUCUGAGUUAAAUAAUCAAAGGUUCAGCGAUGGAACACAGCUUCCUGAUGAACUACCCGAGCUUCCAAAUCCAAAUAAACCAACAACUGAACCCAAGUAUGAGACUGUGACAGCCGGAUGCCAGAACGUUCUUUCUCAAGUUUUAGCUUCGAAGGAGUUUGCAUCCCUAAGUAAGUUGCUUUCCGAGAAUCUACAAGGGGUCAAGAUUGAAGACCUUACCUGCAGAACUCUGAUAGACACCAGGAUGCAAGAGGGUGUGUAUGAAGGUUCACCUGUGCUCUUUUCAACGGAUCUCCAAGAGGUCUGGCAAAAAAUACAGGAUGUUGGUAAUGAUAUGGCUGUUCUUGCUAAUAGUCUCUUGGAGCUUUCAAAGGCGUCCUGUACCGAACAGUUGAAGAAGUUCUACACUAAGGAAUCGAAGCCUAAUCCUAACGUAGAGAACAUCAGAAACGACAGUGUUUAUGACACUUGCAAGCUAUGUGGAGAGAAGGCCGCGGUCAAAGACUGUUUAGCUUGUGAUCAUUGUGAAGAUGUGUAUCAUGUCUCAUGUGCACAUCCAGGUGGGAGAGGGAUGUCUACGGGAAGUUGGUAUUGUGUAAACUGCACAGCUAAUGGAAUCGGAUCACCUCACGAGAAUUGCGUAGUGUGUGAAACAAUGAAGACAGAUAGUGUAGAUUCAAGUACAGAAUGUAAAGAAGAUUCAAACGAAUCUGAAGAGGAUUCAGGCUGCAAAAUGAAUCAUGGAGGUCACAACGUAGAGACGAAGAGAGAUUCUGAACUCUGUAGGACAUGUGGAAUAAAAGUGGUGGAGAAAGGCAGCGGCAGGUACAUUACAUGUGAUCACCCUUUUUGCCCACACAAGUAUUACCACAUUAGGUGUUUGACUUCAAAGCGAGUAAAACUACACGGUGGUGCUCGUUGGUAUUGCUCGUCGUGCCUGUGCAGAAACUGUCUAACUGACAAGGAUGAUGAUAAGAUUGUGAUGUGUGAUGGGUGUGAUGAUGCGUAUCACAUCUAUUGCAUGAAACCUCCACGUGCAACGAUUCCGGAAGGAGAAUGGUUUUGCAAAACUUGUACAGCUGCUAUUCAGAAAGUUCGCAAAGGGAGAAAGGCUUUAGAAAGUUUGCAAAGUGAGAAAGGCUUUUGAGAAGAAGAUGGGGACUUUGCAGAAACAAAAGGGGAAGCUUAUGACACUAUGAAAGAUUAGAACAGACUUUUUUUUUUUUUUU